AUGGCUCCCUCAACAUCUGUUCUACCAUCACAAGAUUCACUCGGAUUCGAACAACCAUUAGCUCGAAUGAAAAACAACGCUCCAUCAAAGUCUAAUUACCUCAAGCAUUUCCUGAGUGCUAAAAACCUUGGAUUCAGUCAAAAGCUGAAUCUUUGCAAAAUUGUCGGUCUCUCUCCAUGGAGUAUCUUCUCUAAUGAGAUCGGGCAUUCCUUCUUUAGUGUGUUGGAGACGGGUAUCGCUUGUACUAUGUGUCUUUUCGUCUCAGCGUCUCCAUUCCAAUUUGGUAGUAUACUCUCAUUCUCGAUGUCGACGACAACACCGCCGCCACCGCGCGCUCGCUGUCUUCCACAUUUUCGAAUCGACUCCGUUGGCGACGGAGAGCCCUACGCGAGUGGAGCUCCAGGAGGCUCGUCUGAAGGUGUCAAUGCUCCUGAAGAGCCACCAAAGAACCAGCUGGACAAUGGUCGUAAAACCGCUGGUGGCAAGAACAAAAAGAAUGGGAAGAACGUGAGCUCGGAGUACACAGUCGAAGCCAAUGCCAAAAAUAGUAAGAAGUCUGGAAAUGACUCUGAUGAGAUGUGCGAUAUUGGCACCAAGGGGGUUGGAUCGCACUCGUUGGUGGAAAUCUUGAAAGAACUUGGACUCGAGGUUUCAGAUCUUGUCGAAUCGAAGAAGAAGAACAAGAAGGGGAACAACGGGGGAAAGAAGAACAAACAGCAGGAGAAGAAGCAGGCAUCUCCAAAAGAGACUGCUCGUUCCCCUCCAUCCGACAACGAGACCAUCCCCACAGACGACGGAGCUGACAAGAUCAAGAAGCCAGUUCAGCCAACCAAAAAGAAGAUGGAUGAGGUCGCGGUGGCUGCUUCAAUCACAAAACGUUGUUCAUCUGGCGUCGGGCAAUCCGAGGAAGACGAUGAUCAGUCGUACGUUUCAGCCCAAGAAAAUCUUGGAGGAUCGACGAGUCGUUUGUCUACUCCACCGGCGGAGUUUGUGGACGCUCGUCAAUCUCGCGACGACAUUAUCGAUAAUGUGAUGCUUGAUCCAAAUAACUAUCGAGAUGAUGAAGACGUCGAGUCGCUUGCUAAGCAGCUCCAGCAACAAGAAGACGAAUUCAUAACCGUUGGGAAGAACAAGAAGAAGAACAAAAAGCAGUCAUCAAUCCCUGAAAACGUUUCUGCGUCUUCGACAGCUUCCUCUUCUUCUCCACCAAACCGUCGCAAUACUCACCCAGAUGCUCGUGUUAAUACCACUCCUUCGGUUACAUCUUCUAAUAACCAACAGCACCAUCAACGCGGGAACAAUCGCACGGCUGCUCAUCCCACGACACUUGGAGACUUUAUGGAGAGUACUAAGAAGGACACUCAUAAAAAUAUCAAGCACAAGAAAGUGAUGAGUCCUAUCAGUACUAUUAGUCAGAAGAAGCAGAUGUCUAUCGAGGAUCCAACUCCAAGCUCCCCUGCUUUCGUUGAUGCUCUUGAGACUCCGAUCUCUGUUAAUACGGUGAGUCUCGACGAAAGUUGUGAUUUAGAGGAUGCAAUUGUUGUAAUCAGACACUUCACAUCAACAUUUUCGUACGCUGACGCCGCCAAGAAGUCGUCUGGUGAAAACACUCCAGCUCAAGAAAUGUCUCCGGUGCCGACAUCCGGUUCUACAAACACUGCUACAAUAAAUCAAUCAGCUCCUGCGGCUCACCAAAACUCUCAGGAUCUGAAACAAAAAGCUUCUGAAAGCUCCUAUGCUGCUUCCAAAGGGAUCUCAACAGCUGUGUCGAGUGCAGUGCAACUUCCUGCUUCUUCUGCCGCUGUGGCUGAUUCUGACAUUUCGUUCGGUUACGAGGAAACUCCAGAAGACAAGCAGCUCAGACGAGAGCAGAAGGAAUCUAGUGUUGUCAUUGAACAAAACGUACCAAUAAAACCUCUGGAUUUCAUGAACCAAUUCAGAGAUAUGAAAGUUAGCGUGAUGCCAGCUGAAGGAAAGAGCGAAAAUAACAUUAUUGACGACCAAAUUAUGAAAGUUUGGAAGGCUCGCUGGGAUGAUUUCCAAACUAAAGGAGCUAAACCGAUCAUGUACAAUCCAUCCCAGAAGAAGUAA